UUUAUUUACACUCCAGUACUGCGCCUUCCCAGAACUGGCAAAAUGCCGACUUUAAAACCUGUUGCUAUUUCCUUUCCCUUUUAUUUACACUCGGUCUUAAACGGAAACAUUCAUGGACCUGGGAGCGUACACACGGCCCUGCCACGUAUUACGCAAAUCGCAAGAUGCAUGGAUGACAUACUAAGCCAUUGCAAAUGGGACUUCGUGCUGAACGCUGUAUGAGAACACCGGACUUUGACAAGUACACUGAAACCCAAGAACUUUGUAUGGUGUACAAAAACAUCGUUUAGUCUUUAUUAAAAAAAUUGGAAGGCUUGCCAACCCCCCAACCAGUUAUAUUACACGACUUCCAGCUUCGCCACAAAAAGAGCUCACGUGGGCGACUGAUGCGGACUAGACUCUCUGAUUGGCCAACGUGACCGCAAUUAAGCCUCCACAGUAUUAUGAUUCGCCAUCUUUAAGGGGCGGGCAGGGACUAGCGCGUGGUGACUCGGUUGUUGUGUAGCUCAAUUUAGCAAAAUACAUGUUCUUCCGCCGCAGAAAGAAUUGAAAAUAGUCCUUAACUCCCGCCUUCUUCUUGGGGUCUUCUUUGGGCGCAGGAGGGGCCGAGAAGCUAGUCGAAGCAUUGGAACUAGUUACAGUUGCUGUUUCUCAGACAAGAAGACAGACCUCUGAACCCCCCUCCUCUUCCCAAAUAACCCCCCAGUCAGGAGGGGGGCACAGGAAGGACCCCAGAAAUCAUCAAACAACCCCCAUCUCUGCUUUCAGCUUGAGGAUAGUAUAACUGCUCUCAGACCUGCUUCUCCUGGGGGACUAAUCCACUUCCUAUCUCCAUGCAAUCCUUCUGGCUGUUGACUUUGUAAAAAAAGGGUCUGGAGGAGAAUGAAUCAGCAGCAGAGGAUCACAGCUGUGGGCACAGACAAGGAGUUAAGUGACCUCCUCGACUUUAGCAUGAUGUUCCCUCUACCUGUGGCUAAUGGGAAGACCAGGCCUACUACGCUGGCCAGCACCCAGUUUGGAGGACCAGGUUUGGAAGAGAGAACGGGCUCUGGACCAUGGGGUGCAGAAGUUCACAAUGGAUCUACCUUUGACCAAGGGAGGGGUUAUGGAGAUGGAGCACAUUAUGGCGAGCAUAGGGAACUGCCAUCACACGAAGGGAACAUAUCUGCUCCUUUCCUUGCAUCUGGUCUUGUAGGAAAAAAUGAUAGACCUCCUUAUUCUACAUUUGGAAGAGACCCUGGGAUGACCAUGAAUCAGACUGCAUUUCUUUCUGGAGAUUUGGCAAUGAACAGUCCUUCUGCACUGUCGCCAAAUGCAGGAAAAGCAGGGUCACAAUAUUAUACAUACCCCAACUCACGGCGGCGACCUGGAGACAGUAGCCUUGAUGCCCAGCCAAAAAAAGUGCGAAAGGUACCACCAGGACUGCCUUCUUCCGUUUAUCCAGCAAACUCAGGUGAUGAAUACUGUGGUGACCGAGGAAAUUAUGCCUCCGCUAAGGCACCUAAUUCAGUGUAUCCUGGUGCAUUCUACAUGGCAGAUGCACUUCACAGUUCCUCCGAUAUCUGGGCUUCUUCAGGAGGUAUUGGGCAAGGAGGAUACAGUUCAGUCCUGAAUAGCUCUCAGUCAUCCGUCUCCCAGACAUCAGGAUUCAGCACCCUGCAUCCCCAUGAGCGAAUGGGUUUUCCAAUGCAUUCCGGGGAGGUGAACCCUUCUGUGACUUCCAGUUUCUCCUCUACCCCUGCACAGUAUGGGGUCUCCAGCCAUACACCCCCAAUCAGUACUGGGGAUACAAUGAUAGGAAACCGAGGGACAGCCACUGGAAGCUCGGGAGAUGCACUUGGAAAAGCACUAGCCUCUAUCUAUUCUCCAGAUCAUUCCAGUACCAACUUUUCCUCCACCCCAUCUACGCCUGUGGGUUCACCACAAGGUAUAACAGGUACAGGACAGUGGCCAAGAGCAAGCGGUCCUGGAGCUUUGUCUCCUAGUUAUGAUGGAACACUUCACACGUUGCAGAACAAGAUGGAAGAUCGCUUGGACGAAGCCAUCCAUGUCUUGAGAAGUCAUGCUGUGGGGCAGACAGGCUCCCUACCAGGAGGCCAUGAGGACAUGCACUCUCUUCUCAGUGCUACUGCUAGUGUUCUUGGAAGUGGCUUUUCUGCUGCUGUACUCUCUCUUGCCAAUCGACAUUCUAUGAUAAACUCUCAUACAGAAGAAGCCCUGCCUAGUGCUUCCAACAUGCUGCACAACCAGGUCACUGUUCCUCCACAGCCAGGAUCACUUUCUGAUCUUACCAGACCACAGGAUUCCUACUCAGGGCUUCCUGGGCUUGGCAGGGCAAUACCUCCAGGCAGAGUCCCAGAGAUAAAAAGGGAGAGUAAAGAGGAUGAGGAGAACCGAUCUGUGGCAGAUCUAUCGGAGGAUGAGAAGAAAGAGUCUAAGCCACAGAGAAGUCGGACUCGCUGCUCAAUUAACAGUCAAGAUGAAGAUGACGAUGAAGAUGAUGAUAACCUUCCCCCAGAGCAAAAAGCAGAGCGUGAGAAGGAGAGACGGGUAGCUAACAAUGCUCGAGAGCGGCUUCGUGUCAGAGACAUCAAUGAAGCUUUUAAAGAACUGGGGAGGAUGUGUCAACUGCACCUCAACAGUGAGAAACCACAGACUAAGCUGCUGGUUUUGCACCAGGCAGUCUCUGUCAUCCUCACUCUGGAGCAGCAAGUGCGAGAGCGGAACCUGAACCCAAAAGCUGCCUGUCUUAAGAGGCGCGAGGAGGAGAAAGUUUCAGGUGUUGACCCUCAAAUGGGCCUGUCUGGAGGACACCCUGGUGUUGGGGACUCUCACAACCCAGUGGGGCACAUGUGAGUUUCCACUGGCGCACUGGAAUAUUUUUCCCGAUGAUCCUUUGUUGCUGUUAUUGUUUUUUUAUAUUAUUAUAAAUUUCCUUUUUUGAAUUUUUUUUUUUCUUUGUGUUUUGGAAAACCUCCACGACACAGAAGUCUUUGUGGCCUUGACUUUAUUCUCCUGAGAUGUAGACACUCGCUGGAACUUUCCAAUGGGGGGGGCGGGAAGGACAAAAAAAAACUGACACAAACUGACAAUUUGUCUUUUCUGGACUUUUAUAAAGCAAAAGGAAGACAACGUGAGAAAUUGCCUUAACUGAAAACAAAAUCCAAUCGGUUUAUUUAAAGGAGGCUGCAGGGGAAAGGAGGCCUGCUCAGAUACUCCCUGCUACUAGUGAGUUGUGGGGAAGCAAGGAUAAUUUUUCUGUCCUUGUACCUACACAUCUACAACAAACUGAAUUUUUUUAAAUAAAAGAAAAAAUGGAAAACCGUGAAAAAAAAAAUUAACGAAAGUUAGGCAUCAUAGAAAAAAUGUUUUUAAACUUAGAACAAAAUAGAAAUAAUUAUUUUUUUUCAGGAUUUUUUUUUCUUACGGUAACAUUUUUAUAUAAAAAUAAAUGCUGAACAAAAAUUUUAAAAACAGAAAAGGAACCCAACCCUAUACACUUGAUUGUAACCUGCCCCUUAAUUCCAUCUUGCACACCCUAGUUCUACCUUUUUACAUGCCGUUGUUUUCCAUACACUAUCUUGCUGCUCAUCCUAUUCCUUGUGCAUAUCAUGCACUCCUUUUAUUGGUGAUUAGGAAGCAAAACUAUUCCACUCUGCAUACAAACAUGAUGCAAAGAACAACCAUUGCAUUGUUGAUGUCCUGUGAACUGUUUAGCAGAACGGGGAUUUUGGGUGGGUUAUUCCAAUCUGGAAUUCUUCGUAAUAGAUGAGUGCUUCCCGAUUACAUCCAGUGUUGGGGGAGGUUGAUUUUUUAAAAAUGAACAGUUACUCUGAUUUAUAUUCCGCAAAAAUAAGUCUUCAAUUUAGAUAGGAUAAUGUAAGUCCACAGAGCAUUGUUUCUGAUGGAUGCAAGGGGUGUUGAACAAAUUACCCAUCAGAUCUAUUUGAUGAAAUGUAUUUUCUAAAAAAUAUUAAAAACCCUCAUUGUCCCAUGUGUCACAUUUAAACUCCCUUUUAUUGCUCCUUUCACUAUUAUUCCUUUCCAUAUAAAAAAAAAACCUUACUGCAAUUUGUUUAAAUUUUUUUUUUACAAAAAUGUCUUGCUGUAUUUUUUUAAUUGAUUCUAUAUAUAAAAAUAUUUACUGAAAGUCCUGUUUUAACUCUCUGAAUAAACACAGCUGUAGCUCAGCUGACACCCGAAUGAAGAUCUGGACUGUCUUUAGUUCUCUCUCCCACAGCUUUUUAUAAGGGCUGUGCAUCAGUGUAGAAAUAUGUAGCAUUAAAUGUUAGGGUGCAGAUACCCUUAUUUUUGUAGAUAUGUGUUGUUUGGAAGGGUGCAGUGGGAUUUUGGAAUAUUUCUGGAAAACUGCCUUCAGACAUUCGUAAAUAUAUAUUUUUUAAUAUUUUAUUUUAAAUAUCCUGCCUUUAACAUGUCCAGCUAUGCUUACUUGUUACUGUCCUUAUACUUUUCUUGGUAUUCAAUUUUUUUCUUUGCAAUAGAGUUGAAAGUACCGUGAGAGGAUUAAAGGGGGUGCUCUAGCCAUAAUUUACAAGCAUUGAAGACUUGAUUUAUAGCAUGGGUUUAAUUGUUGUAUCUGAUCUAGAAACAGAAUGCCUUGAGUGCAAGUCCAUGACUUCAACAGAAAUAAGCAUGGUCAACUUCCAGAAUCCUCCGCUAAGCAUGCCAUUAAGCUUUGUAUAUUUCUUUUUUCUUUUAUAGUCCUGUGUGUUUUUGUUAAAAUAAAAUUUAAUUUGUUUAAUGCUAUUACGCAUAUGACAAUAACAUUUUGCUCCAUAUUGCAAAGGCAGGGAAUGAAGAGGCCUUAAUACCCCAAAUCAAGUAAUUACAACUCAAAAGUAUUUUAGAAAAACAAUACAUUUUUUUUUUUUUUUUUUUGAAGAAGCACAAACAGAAAACAAAUGGUAUUUCUUUAGUGCCUCUGAUAUUUUUUUUUUCUAAAUUUUAUAUGUGUCAAAUCAGCUGGCUGGAAUAUUUGGAAUUUUUAAUAACAAAAAUAAUCCUAACUUUUUUUAUGUAGGUUUUGAGAACUGUCCUGUACAUAAAUCUGUGUUGCAGCAAUACAUGUAAGCUUUUAUAACUAUAUAACUUCUUGAAUCCCGUUCUUUCAGAUGUUGUAUACGAUGAAUGAUAAAAAGGAAAUACAUUUAAAAAAAAACAUUGUAAUAAAAGAUUUGCAUUGUAUUAAA